AUGGCGGACGCCGCUGCUCGUUCAUUACAAUAUGAAUACAAAGCGAACUCCAAUUUGGUGUUGCAAGCAGAUCGCUCAUUGAUUGACAGACGCCCUAGAGAUGAGGCCACCGGUGAAGUUCUGCCACUGUCGGCCAAGAUGAUAGAACGAAACAAAAUGGGCUCUCUAGCGAAACGGACAUGCCCACCUAUGAUUGAAGAAAAGCGUGCAAAGAGACGCAAAAGAGAUGAAGCCCAAUAUGAAAUGGUUAGGAUGAAGGGCGCCACGUUGCUGUCUGAGGGCAUAGAGGAUUUGGCUGGGGUCAUCUACAGACCAAAGACCCAGGAAACAAGGCAGACAUAUGAAACCUUACUGAGUUUUAUCCAGGCUGCUCUGGGAGAUCAGCCUCGAGAUAUCCUGUGUGGGGCUGCCGAUGAGGUUCUCGGAGUUUUGAAGAAUAACAAAGUAAAAGAUAAAGAUAGAAGAAGAGAGAUUGAAAAUCUCUUGGACAAAAUGCCGGAUGAAAGAUUUGCGCUGCUAGUAAAUUUGGGCAAGAAAAUCACCGAUUGGGUGUCGGACGAGAAGUCGAUGGCCACCGGCGAUGAUAACAUUGACGAAGCCUACGGUAUUAAUGUGCAGUUUGAGGAACAAGAGGAAGAGGACGAUGAUGAUUUCUUCGGUGAAAUAAGAGAAGAUGGAGAGGACGAAGAAGAAGGUGAGGAAGCUCACAUUGAUGCUACACUCAGAGCUAAUCUGUCAAGUGAUGGAGACGGAUUAGGUAAGAAAGAAAAAGGUCUGCACCCCCACGAUAUUGAUGCUUUCUGGCUGCAGAGGAAACUGAGCAGAUUCUAUACCGAUCCCAUGGUGGCUCAGAUGAAGGCAGCUGAAGUCCUUGACAUCCUCGAGAGCGCCAAAGAUGACAGAGAGGCAGAGAACAAACUUGUGAUUCUGCUGGGCUGUGAACAGUUUGAACUGAUCGUCAUCCUCAGACAAUAUAGGCAGAUGAUUCUCUAUUGCACGCUGCUUGCAAAGGCGCAGACAGAGUCAGACAAACUGAAGAUCGUCGAAUUAAUGGAAUCCGAUCCAGAACUGAAAAAAAUUUUGCGCUCUCUCCAGGAAACGGAGAAAGAUGACGUCAUCAGGGAAGAGAGGAUGAGGAGGAAGGCUGUGAGGAAGUCGAGAGUAGACGAGGAUGCUGAAAUGGUGGAAGAUGUCGACGAGGGAGGAGCACUCCCAUCAAUGAACGUUUUAGACCUGGAGGAGUUGAUGCUAUCUCACGGAUCCCACUACAUGGCAAACAAUGGUGUCAAGUUGCACGAGGGUUCAUUCAGGAAACAGAAAAAGGGUUAUGAAGAGGUUCACUUGCCUGCUCUCAAACCAAAGCCAUUCGAAGAUGGAGAGUCAUUAGUGCCGAUAGAGAAGCUGCCGAAAUAUGCCCAGCCUGCAUUUGAAGGCUUCAAAUCACUGAACAGAAUUCAGAGCAGAUUGUCAAAGGCUGCUUUGGAGACAGAUGACAAUCUCCUACUGUGUGCUCCAACUGGCGCGGGUAAAACGAACGUAGCCCUGUUAGCCAUGUUACGAGAAAUAGGGAAAAACAUCAACAACGACGGGACGAUUAACACUGAAAAGUUCAAGAUCAUCUACAUCGCCCCCAUGAAGUCGCUCGUCCAAGAGAUGGUCGGCAGUUUUAGAAAGCGCCUCAGCAGUUACGGCAUCCACGUGGACGAACUGACCGGCGACCACCAGCUGAACAAAGAACAGAUAAUGUCUACUCAGAUAAUUGUUUGCACCCCUGAGAAAUGGGACAUCAUAACGAGGAAAGGAGGGGAAAGGACCUACACCCAACUUGUCAGACUCAUCAUCAUUGAUGAGAUCCAUCUCCUUCACGAUGAUCGCGGUCCAGUCAUCGAAGCUCUGGUAGCUAGAACGAUCAGGAACUGUGAAACGAUGCAAGAAGAAGUGCGUGUCGUUGGCUUGAGUGCCACACUGCCGAACUACAAAGAUGUUGCAAAGUUCUUGAGAGUGCCCGAUCAUGCCCUCUUCCAUUUCGACAACUCGUACAGGCCUGUGCCUCUGGAGCAACAAUACAUUGGCAUCAUGGAGAAGAAGGCAGUCAAGAGGUUCCAGAUCAUGAAUGAUAUUGUGUACGAUCAGGUCAUGCAACAUGCUGGAAAAAAUCAGGUCUUGGUCUUUGUCCACUCAAGAAAGGAAACUGGCAAGACAGCACGAGCCAUCAGGGACAUGUGUCUGGAGAAUGAUUCACUUGGUCAGUUCCUCAAGGAGGGCAGUGCUUCCACUGAGGUCCUCAGAAGAGAAGCCCAGGACGUUAAUAACCACGAACUGAAAGACCUGAUGCCUUACGGAUUUGCCAUCCAUCACGCCGGCAUGACUCGAGUCGACAGGUCCUUGGUUGAAGAUCUUUUUGCCGACAGACACAUCCAGGUCCUCGUCUCCACAUCAACCCUGGCAUGGGGUGUCAACCUUCCAGCACACACCGUCAUCAUAAAGGGCACGCAGGUUUAUAAUCCUGAAAAAGGUAGAUGGGUCGAACUUGGAGCCCUUGACGUCAUGCAGAUGAUGGGUAGGGCAGGUCGGCCACAGUUUGACACAAAAGGAGAGGGCAUAUUGAUCACCAAUCACACAGAACUUCAAUAUUAUUUGUCCCUCAUGAACCAGCAACUGCCCAUCGAGUCACAGUUCAUCUCAAAGUUACCCGAUAACCUGAAUGCUGAGAUUGUGCUGGGCACUGUUCAGAAUGCUAAGGAUGCUGUUAAAUGGCUAGGAUACACAUAUCUCUACAUUCGAAUGAUUCAUAGUCCGGCUCUGUACAGUGUACCAGUUGACAGUGACCUUCUAUUGGAAGGCUACAGGUCAGAUCUCAUACACACAGCUGCCUCCCUCCUUGAUAAGCACAACCUAAUCAGAUAUGAUAAGAAGGCCGGUCAUUUCCAGGUCACAGAAUUAGGUCGCAUAGCCAGCUACUACUACAUCUCCCAUGAGACGAUUGCAACGUACAACCAGCAGUUGAAGCCGAUGUUGAGUGAGAUUGAGCUGUUCAGAGUGUUCUCCCUGUCGGCUGAGUUCAAGCACAUAACUGUCAGAGAUGAAGAGAAAUUGGAGCUUUCAAAAUUAUUAGAACGUGUGCCGAUACCCAUCAAAGAAAGCAUCGAAGAACCAAGUGCAAAGGUCAACGUGCUCCUCCAGGCCUACAUCUCCCAACUCAAACUCGACGGAUUCGCUCUUGUUUCUGACAUGGUCUUUGUCACCCAAUCAGCGUCGAGGUUGAUGAGGGCCAUUUAUGAAAUCGUUCUACACAGAGAAUGGGCCCAACUGGCUGAUAAGGCGUUGGCUCUUUGCAAGAUGAUUGACAGGAGAAUGUGGCAAUCAAUGAGUCCUCUGAGACAGUUCAAGAAAAUGCCCGAAGAUGUGAUUAAGAAAAUAGAAAAGAAGAACUUCCCAUGGGAAAGAUUCUACGAUUUGAACCCGCACGAGAUAGGGGAACUAAUUAGGAUGCCUAAAAUAGGUAAAACCGUCCACAAGUACAUCCUGCAGCUGCCCAAGUUGGACCUGUCAGUUCACGUGCAACCAAUCACGAGGUCCAUGUUGAGAGUGGAGCUGACCAUCACUCCGGACUUCAAGUGGGAUGAUAAGGUGCAUGGUCAGUCGGAAGCCUUCUGGAUCAUUGUUGAGGAUGUUGAUGGCGAAGUUAUCCUUCAUCACGAGUACUUCCUCUUGAAAGCUAAGUUCUGUACUGAUGAACACCUGAUAAAGUUCUUUGUUCCAGUUUUUGAACCUCUUCCGCCACAAUACUUCAUCAAAGUUGUAUCCGACAGAUGGAUCGGUAGUGAAACGAAGCUUCCAGUAUCCUUUCAUCAUCUCAUCCUACCCGAGAAGUACCCGCCACCAACUGAACUCCUUGACCUUCAACCUUUGCCCGUCUCUGCUCUAAGAAAUCAAAGCUUUGAGGCGCUCUACCAGGACCAGUUCAAGUCUUUUAACCCCAUCCAAACUCAAGUUUUCAACGCCCUGUACAACAGUAAUGACAACGUGUUUGUCGGGGCUCCAACAGGAAGUGGAAAGACGAUCUGCAUCGAGUUUGCCAUCUUGAGGAUGUUCACACAGGAUCCAAACAACAAAUGCGUCUAUGUUACUCCCAUUGAAGCUCUUGCUCAGUUGGUCUAUCAGGGAUGGUUGCAGAAGUUUGGCAAGCAGCUGGGCAAGAAGGUCGUCCUCCUGACUGGGGAGAUGGCUACUGAUUCGAAACUCUUUGCCAAGGGACACAUCGUGAUCGGCACUCCGGAGAGGUGGGACGUGCUAUCGAGGAGGUGGAAACAGAAGACUGCCAUCAAAAACAUCAGCCUCUUCGCCGUCGAUGAAUUACAUCUUGUCGGUGGAAAUGAUGGGCCGGCAUUUGAGGUUGCAGUCUCUAGAAUGAGGUUCAUCUCGACGCAGAUUGAAAACUCCAUCCGCAUCGUCGCCAUGAGUUCCUCUCUCUCCAACGCCAAAGAUGUCGGCCAGUGGCUGGGCUGCACGUCAACAUCCUUCUUCAACUUCCACCCCAAUGUCAGACCCGUGCCAUUGGAGUUGCAUAUUCAGGGCUUCAACAUCACUCACAAUGCAUCGAGGAUCAUGGCCAUGACGAAACCUGUCUACCACACGAUCCUCAGGCACUCUCCCAAGAAGCCAGUCAUCAUCUUUGUGCCGUCCAGAAAGCAGACACGCAUCACUGCCUACGAUCUUCUGACUCUCUGUGCAGCGGAUCUGCAUGAGAACAGGUUCGUUCACGUCAAGCAAGAAGACCUAGUGCCCUAUGUCGAGAAGUUUCAAGAUAAGAUGGUAAAAGAUUCAGUCUUGAAGGGCAUAGGUUAUCUACACGAGGGCCUAGUAGAACUUGACCGAAGACUUGUGGAGCAGUUGUUCGAAGCAGGGGCCAUCCAGGUCAUCAUCGUGUCAAGGUCAUUGGCAUGGAGUCUCAGCGUGUCUGCCUAUCUUGUGAUCGUCAUGGACACCCAGUGCUACAAUGGAAAGAUACACGCUUAUGAAGAUUACCCCGUGACUGAAAUCUUGCAGAUGAUUGGUCGGGCUAAUAGGCCCCUUCUUGAUGACGAUGGCAAGGCGGCCAUUUUGUGCCAGUCUUCAAAGAAAGAUUUCUUCAAGAAGUUCCUCUACGAACCACUGCCAAUUGAAUCGCACUUGGACCACUGCUUGCACGAUCACUUCAAUGCAGAGGUAGUGACGAAGGCCAUAGAGAACAAACAAGAUGCAGUCGAUUUUCUGACCUGGACCUUCCUCUACAGGAGAAUGACCCAGAAUCCUAACUAUUAUAAUCUUCAGGGCGUUACACAUAGACAUUUGUCGGAUCACAUGUCUGAGCUAGUUGAGAACACACUCAGUGAUCUGGAACAUUCUAAGUGCAUCAGCAUAGAAAACGAAAUGGACAUAGGACCACUGAACUUGGGCAUGAUAGCCAGCUACUACUACAUCAACUACGUUACUAUCGAACUGUUCAGCAUGUCGUUGAACAGCAAGACGAAGAUCCGAGGCCUCAUUGAGAUCAUCGCCAAUGCAUCAGAGUACGACAGCAUCCCAAUCCGUCAUCACGAAGAUUCCAUCCUGAAACAGCUGGCCGCCAAACUUCCCAACAAGUUGCAGUCUCCCAAAUUCAACGACCCCCACGUUAAAACUAAUCUGCUCCUACAAGCUCAUCUGUCCAGGAUGCAACUCGCUCCGGAGCUCAUGACGGAUACGGAGGAGAUACUCGGGAAGGCCUACAGGUUGAUACAGGCGUGCGUUAACGUUCUCAGUAGCAACGGCUGGCUGGCUCCUGCACUGGCCGCUAUGGAGCUGUCCCAGAUGGUCACUCAGGCUAUGUGGAAAAAGGAUUCCUACUUGAAACAGCUGCCACAUUUCAAUUCCGAUGUCAUCAAGAGGUUCAAUGAUAAGAAAAUAGACUCCAUAUUCGACAUCAUAGAGAUGGAGGAGGAGGAGAGGAAUGAACUCUUGCAGAUGAGUGAGCUGGAGAAGGCAGACGUGGCUCGCUUCUGCAACAGAUAUCCCAACAUUGAACUGACCUACGAUAUCAUUGACAAGGAAAACAUCGCUAGUGGAUCAACGGUGAAAGUGGAGGUGACCCUUGAAAGAGAAGACGAAUUUGCCGGCUCCAUUAUGGCGCCAUUCUUUCCACAGAAACGUGAGGAGGGAUGGUGGCUGGUCGUCGGCGACCCCAAAUCAGAAAACCUGGUGGCCCUCAAGUGGUUCUCCCUGCAACAGAAAGUCAACAAGGAUUUGGACUUUGUGGCACCGCAUCCAGGCAAACACACCUACACACUCUACUUCAUGAGUGAUGCCUACAUGGGAUGUGACCAAGAGUACAAGUUCACGAUCGACGUUAAAGACGAGAGAAUGGACAGCGAUUAAUUAAUCAAUUAAUUAACUAAUUAAUUAAUAUUGUUAAACAAUUAUUUUACGGAGUACUGUACUUUUAAUGUAUGAUCGGAAUUUUAAUUUUUCAUGAACUAUUCUAGUUUUCAUUAAAUAAAAAUCGCUAUUCUGUUUAUUUCGGCGUCUUAUGAGUUUGGUGUUAAA